AUGGUCGUCCAAUACGUUCACAAUGUCUUCAAUGACUCUUAUUUCCCUACCAUCGAGGAGACAUUCACAAAGCAAUUGACUUUCCACGGACAAGUGUAUGAGGUCGAAAUCAUUGACACCGCUGGACAGGACGAGUUCUCGAUAUUCAAUGGACGACAUGCACUGGAUGUGCACGGCUACGUACUAGUGUACUCUGUGACGAGCAAGCAGAGCUUCGACAUGGUGACCAUCAUCCGGGACAAGAUCCUCAACUUCACAGGAACCGACUGGGCACCCAUUGUCCUUGUUGGAAACAAGACCGAUCUUCAGGGACAGCGACAGGUCUCAAGGGAUGAGGGCGAUGAAUUAGCUAGCAGGUGGAAGUGUCUCUCUUGCGAGACCUCUGCCAAGACAAAUAUGAACAUCGGACGGACGUUCGAACUAAUGCUGGCCGAGAUGGAGAAAUCGACGGAUUCAGUGCCCGAGGACAAGAAGGGCGAGUGCCUGAUCCUCUGA